AUGUCGGCCGAGGAAGAGUAUGAUUUUGACUACAGCGAUGAGGACGAGGACAUGGAGGACGCCGAGGCUGCAGUGCAGAUAGAGAACGCCUACUACUCAGCCAAGCAGCUCCUGGAGGGAGAGCCACCUCGACGAGAAGAGGCGUUGGGGGCGUUGGCACAGGUGCUGACACUGCAGAACGAGCAGACUGACUGGGGGUUCAAGGCGCUCAAGAGGAUCGUCAAGCUGCUGUUCGAGCUGCAGCGUCACGAUGAAGCCAUGCGGAGGUACGAGGAGCUGCUGGGCUACACGAAGACGGCGGUGACGCGUAAUGUUGGGGAGAAGGGCAUCAACAGCAUUUUGGACUUUGUGUCGACCAGCAAGAACUGGGAAAUCCUGCAGAGAUUCUACGAGACGACGCUGGAGACGCUCAAGGAGGCGAGGAACGAGAGACUGUGGUUUAAGACGAGCGUAAAGCUGGGCAACCUGCUGUACGAGAUUAAGGAUUUUUCUCGGCUGAGCAAGAUUAUUAAGGAGCUGCUGGCGUCGUGUAGCGAUGAAGAUGCAGAUGACGGUGUUAGGAAAAACUCUCAGUUGCUGGAAGUGUAUGCGCUACAGAUCCAGAUGUACACGGCGCAGAAAGACAACAAGAAGCUGGUGUCGAUCUACGAUAAGGCACUACGCACCAAGUCGGGAGUUGCACACCCUAAAAUCAUCGGCGUCAUCCACGAAUGCGGUGGCAAAAUGUACAUGAUGCAGCGCGAGUGGGACAAGGCUCGAAGUGACUUUUUCUCGGGCUUCAAGAGCUACGACGAAGCUGGUGAACCCCGACGGCUUCAGUGUCUGAAAUACUUGGUACUGGCCAACAUGCUGAGCGAGUCUCAGGUGAACGUGUUCGACUCGCAGGAGGCCAAACCAUACGAGAACGACAAAGAGAUCGUGGCCAUGACCAAAUUGACCGACGCGUUCCUACACGACGAGAUCAAGACGUUCGAGCAGGUGCUGAACCGCAACCAGGAGGCCAUCAUGGACGAUCCCUUCAUUAAGCAUUACAUCGACAGCCUACUUCGGACCAUCCGCAGCAAAGUUCUGCUCAAGAUUAUCAAGCCUUACCGGAGGAUGGACACCCAGUACAUCGCUCGGGAGCUGAACGGUAUUCCUCUGUCUGAAGUGGAGUCGUUACUCUCGGCUCUAGUGCUGGACAAGAAGAUCGAGGCACGCAUCGACCAGGUUCGCCAUACACUUGUGCUUCUGGAUAGAAAACCCGAAGAGAAGUUCCAAACGUCCAUCCGAGGUUGGUGUGACGCCCUCGAGAAGUUCCAUUCGCUGACUGUGGACCGGGUCGGCACUGGCCUGUAA